AUGGUAGCCGGUGGAACUGAAAGCACGACAGUAACUCUAACAUGGGCGAUGUCAUUGUUACUAAACAACCCACACGUCCUCGAAAGGGCACAGCAAGAGCUCGACACUGUGGUUGGCCGAGACAGACGACUGAAGGAGUCAGACAUACCAAAUCUUGUUUAUUUACAGUCCAUAAUCAAAGAGACUAUGCGAAUGUACCCAGCAGGCCCUUUAUUAGGACCACGUGAGUUCUACAAGGACUGCAUUGUAGCCGGCUACUUUGUCCCAAAAGGCACCCAAUUGAUCCCAAACCUUUGGAAGAUUCAAACAGAUCCACGUGUAUGGCCCGACCCAUUCAAGUUCAAGCCGGAGCGAUUCUUGACAACCCAUAAGAAUGUGGAUUUGAAAGGGAAUAAUUUUGAGUUGAUUCCAUUUGGGAGUGGAAGGAGAGGUUGCCCUGGAGUUGCGUUUGGACUUCAAAUGGUGCAUUUUGCUUUGGCUGGGUUUUUACAUUCCUUUGAUGUCAAAAACCCGACCAAAGAACCUAUUGAUAUGUCGGAGAAUUUCGGAAUGGCUAACGAGAAGGUGGUUCCUCUUAAUGUUUUGGUCACUUCACGGUUACCUUCUCAUCUUUACACAGUAAAUUAA